AUGCUGCAGGCAAACAAGGCCCACGUGAUCGCUGCGUUCACGCGUCAGAACUUGAAUCUAAGACAGAUGGAGCUGCAGUAUUGGAUGGACGUAUUAAAGAAGUUUGCAACACUUGCUUCUUUUCUUGGGGGUUUUGCUUCAACAGUUGUACAGCUACAGAAGGGCAUACUGGGGGGCCCUGAGAUUUUUCAGCUUAUCUUCUCCCUUACAGCAGCAGGAGCCCUCGGUCUUAACUUCAUUGUUGUUGUUAUAUGCACUACUUGCACCGUUUGGGGACCUGGAAAAGCCCUUACUGGGCAAGGAGAAGAGUCGUACAAAGUGCACUUAAAAACCCUCAAAUUAAAAUUCGUUCCUACGAAAUUCAACUCAGGAGAAAUGCGAGGAAAUCCUAUUAAAAAUAUUGCGGGCCUCAUGACUAGAGGGAGCGACCUCUCUCUCUCAGGUCUUCAUUUAGACCCUGAGUUUUGCAAUAAAAUUUAA